GAGCUUUUCGCCGCUAGCAUGAGAGCCUUCAGUGCUGGGGGAGAGUACGACGUAGGACAAGUGGUCCAUGGAUUCAACUGGCAGAAGUUAUGUCCGGGCCACGUGGUGGAUGUUGGCGGAUCGUCCGGAUUCGUCUCAGCUACCCUCGCCCGCAACUUUCCCGGCCUUACGUUCGAAGUGCAAGACCUCCCGGCUGUCACGGAACAGAACACAAUUGAACCACUCCCCGAAGACGUGCGGGACCGCGUCUCAUUCCGAGCCCACAGCUUUUUCGAACCGCAGCUGGCGAUGAACGUGAAAGCCUUCUUCUUUCGGUUCGUGCUGCACAAUUGGUCCGACGAUGCAGUCGUCGAGAUCUUGAGGAACUUGAGACCCUCACUCGGACUCGGGACUCGGGUGAUCGUUCACGAACUUAUCUUA